GGGGGAUAAGGAGAGAGCACAGCGUCACCCAAGCCCCGAAGCAGCGGCCCCGGCUGCCUGCGCCGCUCGGCGGGGCCGGGCCUGGGCGGGGCCGGACGUGAGCGCACUUCCGCGGGGCGGUGGGGCGCCGCUAUGGCGGCUAAAAGUCCUGCUGAUGGUACUCCUAGACGACCUGUUUUAUCUGUCAGUGCAAGAAAAAUUAAAGAUAAUGCAGCAGACUGGCAUAAUUUAAUGAUGAAAUGGGAGAGACUGAAUGAUAAUGGAUUUACUACAGCAAACAAAAUAGUCAACAUGAAGAUCAGUGAGCAAUUUCAAGACAACAAACUGGAGAUAGCAUGUGAUAACAGUGCCACUGAAUCUGAAAAGCCAACUCCAAAAUACAAUGAAGAACUGGACAAUUGCUGUGCAGAGUUACUGGAGACCUUAAAGCAUAUGACAAAGAUACAACUGAAAAUGGAAAAGCUUACUUCGACUACUAAAGCUAUCUGUGACUUGGAAACAUUCCACAAUGGAGCUGGGAAUUGCACAGCACCCUUCUUUCAUACAUGGCCAACACCAUACUUCUAUGAGGUUUCUCUGAAGCUCUCUGAAAUGUACAAGAAGGAACUACAACUCAAGCAAACGAUUGUACAAGAAAUUGCUCAUUCUGCUGACCAGGAUCUGAUGAUGGUCUAUUUAUCAUCGUGGUUAUACCAGCCUUACAUUGAGAACAGCAGCAAACUACUACUUGAAGCCAUGCUGCUGGAAACAGGACAUAGACAGUGCUAGAAUUUCAAAUGUUACAUGGCUUGAUUCUAAUGAUGCUUACGUGAAACUGAAACAGCAAAUUGCAAGGCUUACCAAGUAAGUUCAAUUUUUGUAAAACUUUAUUAAAGAUCUUUUUCUCUAUUUGUAUUUAUUAUUUUGCCUCAGCUGAUACUCCUUUUUCUUCAUGGGACAAUCUGGGUUUGGUUGCUUUAUUCAUUUUAAGUGCAAUAGAGAGGCUACAGGUAGGAGACCAAGUCCCCUAUAAUCCGAAAAAGGUAAGCACUACUUUGUGGUCUGGGGGGAUUCAAUGCACAUAGACACCUACAGCAAAUAAUUUAACUACUUUCCAAGUCUUGACAGUCUAAAAUAUCUACAUUGUCCCUUUCACCAUAGAAAUUCAGCACUUCUUGAUCUUUUGCAGGCUUUUUUUUUUUUUGCAUGACUUAACAGGGCUAGUCUUUUCUACUUGCUUUAUAAAUGGGGAAAUGGAAAGCACAAAAGACAGGAUCCAAAAGGAUGCACAUAGUUUGAUAUGUGGUCCUGAAAAGCUGUCACAGACACUAGUGCUAAUUCUGGUUUGGUUUUGAUUAUAACAUGGUUAGGUACAUCACCCUUGAAGAGUGAUCGAGGUCUGAACUAGCACAUUAGGAAGGUUUAGUCCAACUCACCACUCCACAGUCAUUGUGUGAAAAAGUCAUGUCUCUCUUAAUUCAUUGUAACUUUUUUCUUUUAGAGAUGUUUCAUGAAAGCAUCUGGUGAAUAAAAACAAGACCUGCUUCAGU